AUGACAAACCACAAUACCGAUCCCGACCCUGAUUUCGGCCUUCCAUCAUCUUCUUCUAUCCCUACCACAUACUACCAUCAAAAUCCACGUAAAAAACGAACUAAGUUGAUCAAGAUUGAACCAAGUUUGCUCCCUUCUAGUACAAUAUCGAAGCCAAAAUAUUACAAAAAGCCUGACCCUUCUGCACCCAAGAUCACAAGACCUUGUACCGAGUGUGGCAAGAAGUUUUGGUCAUGGAAAGCACUCUUUGGUCACAUGAGAUGUCACCCUGAAAGACAGUGGCGUGGAAUUAAUCCACCACCCAAUUAUCGCAGGCCUACUUCGCCUAUUCAACUGUUAAGUAUUGUUAGUCCUACUAAUUGGGAAGACAUGUUGACCGCAGAGGAUCAUGAGGUGGCUUCAUGUUUGUUAAUGUUGGCUAAUAGUGAUGGUGCAAUAAUGUUGGAGCGUAACGAGUUUGGUGGUGGGGUUGUUGCUGGUAGUUCUCAUCAAGCUCAAGAUCAUGAUCAAGUGAAUUGUACUCGUGUCGAGUGUUCGAGUUGCGAGAAGGUUUUUGGGUCACACCUGGCACUAGGGGGUCGUAGGGCCAGUCACAAGAAUGUGAAGGGUUGUUUUGCUAUAAAGAGGAAUGAUGGUUGUGAGGUAGUUGAGGAUCAUAGUGGGAGUGGUGAUGUGAAGGAGAAUGUGGAAGAUAAUAGCAAGGCAUUGAUGGUGUUAGGGCACAAGUGUAGUAUUUGCUCGAGGGUGUUUCCUAGUGGACAGGCACUGGGCGGACACAAGAGAUGCCAUUGGGAGAAAGGGGAAGAAAUCUCAUCAUCCAUGAAUCAAGGAGGACUUCAUGUUCUUACAGAAAAGGAAGGUUGUGUGUUGGACCUCAAUUUGCCAGCCCCAGUGGAAGAUGAAUCAUCCUCUUUUUAUUCCUCAGGUCUCACUUUGGACUUGAGAUUGGGCCUCUGA